CUUUGUACUCUGUAUCUUACUUAUGUCAUCCAUUACUUAUCCACGUAUUGUGAGUGACAUUGAAUCUUUUUUUUGGUCUCUGUUCACAUGGACAUUCCCACGAGCAACAACAAAUUUACCACUCUACCUUGAGGAAGCCUCUGUCAAUUAGCACGUUAGGCGAUAGUUCUUCCUACAGAUGCACUAAAAUUUCAGCGCAAACAAUCCCUGCGCCUGCGCCUUCGCCUGCGCAAUUCUUUCUUCCUGCGAAUCCCAUUCCACCGCCUCGUUCUCUACACGAACUCUACCACCAUGUCCAAAUUUGGCUGCCUCGUCAUGGGCCCUGCUGGUGCAGGCAAGACGACCUUCUGUACUGCGCUCAUACAACAUCUUCAAAACAGCCGACGCUCAUGUUUCUACGUCAACCUCGACCCCGCCGCCAGCGAUUUCGCCUUUGAGCCCGACCUCGACAUCCGCGACCUGAUCUCCCUCGAGGAUGUCAUGGAGGAAAUGUCGCUGGGUCCCAAUGGAGGGUUGAUCUUCUGCUUCGAGUUCCUCCUCCAAAACCUCGACUUCCUCGCUUCCGCUCUCGAUCCCGUCUCCGAAGAAUACCUCAUCCUCUUCGACCUGCCCGGCCAGAUCGAACUCUACACGCACAUUCCCUUGCUACCGGAACUGGUCAAAUACUUGUCAAGAAUGGGUCCAUUGAACAUCAAUCUAUGCGCCGCCUAUUUAUUGGAAGCCACUUUCGUGGUAGACAAGGCUAAAUUUUUCGCCGGCACCCUCUCCGCCAUGAGCGCCAUGAUCAUGCUGGAACUUCCUCACGUCAAUAUCCUGUCCAAGAUGGACCUGGUGAAAGAGCAAGUACCCAAGAAAGAGAUGAAGCGAUUUACAGACCCCGAUGCGAAUUUGCUGGAAGAUGAAGAUACUGGUCGAGGCACGGCGACCGAACAUACCGUCGACGUCGGCAACCCACGUGAGAUCGACCAAGUCAUGACCGGAGGCUCCUUCAAACAACUGAAUCGGGCCGUCGCGAGGUUGAUAGACGACUUCUCGAUGGUCUCCUUCCUGCAGCUCGAUGUAAACGAUGAAGACAGCGUUGGAGACAUUUUGAGUUAUAUCGACGAUGCCAUUCAAUACCAUGAGGCACAAGAGCCCAGGGAUCCCAAAGAGGCCGAGAUGCAAGAGCCGGCCUGGGAAGAAGACUGAGCAAUCGCAUCUGAUCGUUGAAUUUCGGGGACAGCGUUGGCGCUGGAGGCGUUUUCAUUUCGAGACAACAUUGUAGAUACCAGAUUUCCCAAGAUUCAUUCUGUGCACUGUGUCCCUGACACCCUCUUAUGAUGG